CGUCUGCACUUCCGUCUCUGAUGUGGGAACGACCAACGACCGCGCGCUGCCGUAAUGGACGACAGAGCUGUGAAAGCAAUAUUGUUCGACUUGGAUAAUACGUUAAUCGAAACGAGUCGGGCUGGUGGAGCGGCGAUUCUCAAGACCAGUGAGCUGCUGAAGACCAAACUGGGCCUUGAUGAGGACACCAUCCUCACCAUUUGUGGGAAAUUCAAGCAGAAGCUUUUCCACGAGCGAUUUGACCCAUCGUCAGGCGGAUCGAUAGACGACCUCCGUGUGCGUCACUGGGAGGAAAGUAUUUUAGAGACCCUGGGUAGCUGCUCCUCUCCGUCUCUGGCUGCUCGGUGCUACUAUUUGUGGAAAAACAGUCGUUUGGAGGUUCUAUGUCUGUCCCCUGAGGUGUCUGGUCUUCUGAAGAGUCUUCGCAGCAGAUACAAGCUGCUGCUGCUGACCAACGGAGAGGCUCAAACCCAGAGGGAAAAAGUGGAAGUGGUCAGAUGCGAGGAGUUCUUCGAUGCCGUGGUGAUCGGGGGAGAACAUCCCGAGCAGAAACCGUUCUCUUCCAUCUUUAGGAUGUGUUUCCAGCUGCUGGAGGUGGAGGCGGAGGACUGUGUGAUGGUGGGAGACUCUCUGGAUACAGACAUUCAGGGGGGCUUUAACGCCGGAGUCCGGGCCACGGUGUGGAUUAGCAGUGCAGAGCACGUUGUUUCAGACGGUUCAGUGAAACCAGACUUCACUAUUCCCACCGUGCUUCAGCUGCCAGCUGUUUUAGCACAGCUGCAAAAGAAUAACUCUGAAAGUAAAGGAUAAUUAACAGCUUUCUUCAGGUUUAUUUUCAGUUUUUUAUUAUUUUAAUUUUUACAUCAAGGGAAAUAAGAAAAAAAAAUUCCAGCAUCUUAAUUCUUUACAAUUUUCUGUUUCUGUGCUAAGAUUAUUAAAUUAUCAAUCCUGUUUAUACCCAAUCCAGAAUAACUCACAUUUCUGAUUCCUCCUCCUCACUCAGCAUGGCUCUAUUAAACACCCGCUCUGUUAACAAUAA